UUUUCGUUUUCAAAAGCAUCGGGAGGGAACUGCGUGUCCUUGAGUCCGUGAUUGACGUGAGAAAUCGUGAGGAUAAGUUUAUAAUUUUUGUUAGGAUCGACAGCAGCAUUAGGCUUUUCAUUCAGACUAGGGCAAGGAUUCUACAUUCACCACCGGACCAUGACAGAGGAUUUAAACAUGUAAAAUGCAUUUAAACAUUUAGAAAACGCCUGCUGGCAGACGACUGGUCCAAAACGGCACUAUUCAUCCCAAGCCGUGAGUCGGGACUUUUUGUCCGGAAUGGAAAUGUUUUAUCGGAAAGCCUUGAUGAUCUGUGCUGAACUCACCCUAUCCUAUCCUUAAAACAUGAAACAUAAAUGAUGUUUAAUAUUGCUACAGAUAGGGGAACGUCCAGGUCAUUCUCUAAUACUUUUGAGGAUUUUGAUUCCAUACGCAGGGUGCUUCUAUACAGCGACCUAGAGCCAGAAUGGCUGGACGAUGUCCAGAAGAACGGCGAGCUCUUCUACCUGGAGCUGAGCGAGGGCGAGGAGGAGGCGGCAUUAGCUCAGGCUGCCGCCAAUAACGGCCUCUCCACCAAUCACGUGCACUUCAGCGAGAAGGAGGCGGAGAUCAUCAGUGAGGAGUGCAGGAAGUGUCCUGAUGGCACUCCAACCAAAGGAGAGCCCAAGCUGAAAAGACUGGCCAGGAUACUACGGAGGAAGAGGCGGCCAUCCCAGCGGAGUGGGCCCGACGGAGGAGCCAAAGACUCGUCAUCGCUUCCGACGUCCAUCUUGAAAAACCAGGCGGGGCAGAGGGCGGGGCUGGUGGUCCAGCAGCAGCAGCUGAAGGAGGUGUGUGUCUACCUGAACCCCAAACGGCUGGGCAGCUGCUCCCCUCCUCCCCCGGAGAGAGGGGGUCUACUGGAGGCUCUGCUGGGGGUGGUGCAUCGCCCGUCCUGGGGCCAAGGAGACCCUGCGGGGGGGAGGGGGGAGAGGAUCACUGUCCACGGCCUGGUGCCCAACAGCCCCGCCAUCAAGUGUGCACAGAUACUGAUCGGUGAUGACCUAGUAGCAGUGGACGAUGUGGAUGUUACCACAGAGAACAUUGAGAGGGUUCUCUCCUGCAUUCCUGGGCCUACACAGGUGAAACUGACCCUGGUGACAGCCAGUCCAGGAGGACCAGGGGAGGGGGGUGUGGACGUGUCCUCUGCCCCCAGGCUCAGGCCCUCUCCCCCGGUCAGCCAGCUGGUGCGUCUGCUGUGGGGCGAGGACACGGUGGAGCUCCAGAUGUCUAUAGGACACAUCCCUCACAUCGUCAUGUACCUGUCACUCAAACUGGACUCAGACUCCCCCCUGGAAGAGCAAGAGAUCCUGUACCAGUACCCUGUUUCUGAGGCAUCCAGCCAGCUGAAGGGAGUCAGAGGGAUCUUCCUCACGCUGUGUGACAUGCUGGAGAAUGUCACCGGGGGACAGAUAGUCAGCUCGUCUCUCCUGCUCAGUAAACAGCUGGUCCAUGUGGGCUACUGGAAGGAGAGCAACAACCUGCUGGUGAUCGGCCUGCCUGCUGAGAGGGUUCCUCUGCUCUCUCUGCAGACGGUAGUGGGAGGUGUGGUCAGGACUCUCAACGUGAUGUAUGGCUCUCUGGGCAGUGCGUUCUGCCAGGUGGACCACGCCCCCAGACUGGACCAUUUCUUCUGCCUGUUCUUCCAGCAGCUGAUCCACCCCUCCAGGUUGAGUGACAGCUCUGUGGCCACGCCCCCUGACAUCUCGGAGACUCUCUUCCUGGACGGACUGCCGGCGGUCCGGUGGCUCACCCUGCCUCCUGAGAUAAAGAUGGAGGUUGACACUGUUCUCUCAGACUUUGAAUCAUCAGAUUUUGGAGAAAUGUCAGAGGACUUCUAUGGCAUGAGGCGUCUCUACGUGACGCUGGGCUCCUGUCUGUUCUACAAGGGCUACCUGAUAGCCAACCACCUCCCCAAGGAGGACCUGCUGGAUGUUUGUCUGUACUGCCAGCACUACUGUCUCCUCCCCCUGGCAGCAGAGCAGCGCGUGGGCCAGCUGGUCAUCUGGAGAGAGGUGUUCCCACGACAGCGCACCCAGAACCCACAGACACAGACCAAUAACAACCACUGUACCAGGCCAGGCUACUCUCAGCCACAGGGACGCUACUUCCUGCUCAUAGUGGGACUGAGGCACUUCAUGCAGUGCGUCCUCCUGGAGGCGGGGGGCUGUGCGUCCCCUGCCCUGGGGGCCCCGGGACCAGACUGUGUGUACGUGGACCAGGUCAAGGCCACCCUCCUGCAGCUGGAGGGGCUGGAAGUAGGAAUGGAGGAACGCCUGGCCGCCCCGCCCACACCCUGCCUGUCUUGUGCUGACUGGUUCCUCCCCUCCUCUGCCCGUGACAGGUUGGACCUCAUGGCUGCAUCGUCCCCUGUCCUCAGUAAGCUGGCUGGGGCUGUGAAGCCACCGUCCUCCACCCAGGGAGGGGGGAAGGGAGUGGGCAGGAGCCUCUUCGGAGGGGGUGCCCGGAGACCUAGCCCCCAGAGGAGUCAGUCAGACAGUGGGAGCGAGGGACAGCCGGAGGGGGGUGUAGGAGGGCAGACAGGGCUCAGUCCACACUCCACCCCGGACUCAGCCCGGAAGCUGGACGGGCGGAGAGACUCGCUGGGUUCUGGUGGAUCUGAUGGGAGUGGAGCCAGUGGAAGUAUAUUCAAGAUUCCCAAGAUGAAGCACCCUAACCCAUUCUACCUGGGCACCCUGAAGAAGAGUCUGACAGAGAGAGAGACAGAGGAGAUGUACCACACCAUUAAGUUGACAUCUGGGGCAGAGAACACUUUGUUCCACUAUGUGCUGAUGGAGACAGUACAGGGUAUCUUCAUAGCUCCGACACACAGGGAGCUGGCCAAGCUCAGCGGCUCCAUCCACCCUCAGCUCAUUCGCAACUUCCACCACUGCUGCCUCUCCAUACGGGCCACCUUCCAGCAGAGUCUACCGUCCAGGCAGGGUAGGCGGGGUACAGACAGACCCCAGAGGACCCAUGGGCUGGGCCCAGUGAAGGAACACGGGGUUCUGUUCCAGUGUAAACCUGAGAACUGGACCGACCAGAGGAAGCCUGCUCCCACCAUGACCUACUGGGUGAUAGGCCGGAUGCUUCUAGAACCCGUCCCUCAGGAAUUCUAUGUGUGUUUUCAUGACUCCGUGGCAGAGGUUCCCGUUGAGAUGGCCUUCCGCCUAUCUUUCGGCCUGGCCUUGUGACGAGCCGUCUGCCAACAGUCUCUUAAUGAACUCUGAUAACACUACUACCUACAGACAGCGGUGCACAACCCUGGGUUCUUUUCAUUAGGCAUCAAAUGGGAGAAAACUGAUAGAAACAGGGAGGGGCUACCUGAACUCCAAUAAGAACCACUUGUUUGUUUCCCGUCAAAAAAUAUUUUACAACAGUACACCCUAAUGAACACGACCCUGGUAUUCAACAUUUCAUAGUCGACCUCAACGCCUGCUUACUGUCUGUCUGAGAUAUUGCGGGAACUAAGACUUGUCUUGUUCCAGACAGACAAUGAUCACCUGACAGCAGAUAAAAGGAAAGACCAAGGUUGUUCUCUGUUAGACUUGGACCAGCUCCAGUGGAACAGCAGGGCUGCGUUCAGCAGGGCACAACGCUGUGGAACAUUCAGAUAGAAAUAUAUUAAAUUUAAAAAACACACCUCUGAUAUGUAGAAUAUUAUUGUAAGGAAUCACGUCAGCUCUAUUCAUGGCAUUUCUAUCUGUAACGUCCCACUACACUUGCCUACUGAACGAAGCCCUGGGUUUACUGGAUGCAACAAUUUUCUGUCCGAAAUGGCACCCUACUCCGUAUUGAGUGCACAGCUUUUGAAUCUGGUCAAAAGUAGUGCACUUUGUAGGGAAUAGUGUGCCAUGAGUGUGGAAGGUAGGACAAGCCACUAAACUCAAUAAUACCUCAGAAAACAGGCUGAUGUGACUGCAGCGAAAGCAUUUUGCUUCUGCUCUGACCGUAGAAAUAGAAUCUCAUUCUAGUUCAGUGAUUCUGACAUUGCUGUUCACUUAAAGGUGCUACACAUACGAUUUUUAUUUCUGCAUUUUAAUUUCUGAAAAUGUCCUUAUUAUAUCUGCAGUAAUAGUGGAAUGACAGUGUUUCACAGUACUACUUACCCGCCAGUGUUGUGAUUGGCUGUGAUAUUCAUCUAUUGAUUUUGACCCGCCAGAGCAGCAUCUGUUGUCAAAGUGAGAAAGCUGUUCUGACUUUGGCUGUGUUAUCUAGUGGAAAUCGCUCUGUCAUUUCCUGGUUGCAAAAAUUCUACACUGUUCGCUCAAUUSCAGUUUGUGUGAAAACAAGCACUGGAUAGUGUAGGGAAUCAUAUAGUGUAGGGAAUCAUUGUACAAUCUAAAUUCCUGUGAAAUACCUUGCAAGUCACCUAGCAUUAGGCUGCAUUGCAAACAAAACUCCCCCUCAUCCCAUUUCCCCGUAACAUGGCGGAGACUUGCACUUGAGCCUUUACUUUGGGUUUUUGGUACACCAGCUUCAAACAGCUGACAGCUGAAAUUGCAGUGCAAAAAUCCUGUGUAGCACCUUUAAGUAUGCCUGACCAAAUAAUGUGACUCUUCUUGCCUGCUAGCCUCUCCACGUUGGCAUGGCAACCGCCUUAAGUGGAGUUAAAUUCCUAUAUGUUGUUGAUUGUGGGGAGGGUAUUGUAUUUAAGAUGUACAGUAUUUUGUAUAGAAGUCAAAUAAUUUGUGAUACAAAUGCACCUUUGAGUCUGUUAAUUAAAAUAAAAACCUGUUUUGGUU